GUUUCCAUGGUAACAUGUUUGUUGUGAAACAUUUUGAGUAUAUUAUUGUUUCAUUAAGUAGUGUUCAAAGUAGCUCAUGAGUGAAAUUCUAUUUUCGGUCGAUAUCUUUGUAUAGUCGUGGAGCAAAUCUGGAAGCAGAUUCAUGCAGCUGAAAUACUUAAAAACAGUUGUUCCUGCUGAGGAAGCAGUAGCAAGAAUCUGUGCACUAGCAUGGUCACCAAACAACAUAAAACUAGCUGUUUGCACUGCAGACAGGGUUGUGAGCCUUUUUGAUGAAAAUGGAGAGAAACGGGACAAAUUCUCCACAAAACCCAUUGAUUCAAAGUAUGGAAAAAGGAGCUAUAUAGUGAAAGGAUUGGCAUUCUCUCCAGACUCUACGAAGUUAGCGGUUGGCCAGACUGACAACAUCAUUUUUGUUUAUAGAAUAGGAGAUGAGUGGGGAGGCAAGAAAGUCAUCUGCAACAAGUUUGUGCAGCAGUCAGCUGUCACGUGCUUGGUGUGGCUGGCCGAGGGCCCUAUUGUGUUCGGGCAAACCGACGGCAAAGUGCGAGUAGCGAACAUCAAGAACAACAAGUCUCAGACGUUGUACGCCACCGACUCAUUUGUUGUGGCUCUUGCUGCCAACUCAAAGGGCACAGGCUUUGUGUCCGGGCACUUGGAUGGCUCCAUCGUGCGCUAUUAUGUAACAGAUGAUGGCUCUGGCGAAACUCAGGGCCGGGUGGCCACUCACCCAGUCCCACCGUACGCCCUCGCCUGGCCCCUGGGGCACGUGGUGGCGGCCGGCUGCGACCGGCGCGUGUCUGUGUACGGCAAGGACGGGCGGGUGACCCGGCACUUCGACUACGGCAAGGAUGCUGCGGAGAAGGAGUUCACGGUGGCGUGCUGCAGCCCCAGUGGCCAGGCCGUGGCUGUCGGCAGCUAUGACAGGGUGCGGGUGUUCAGCUGGAGCCCGCGCAAGGCGGAGUGGGAGGAGAGCAAGUCCGUGGAGGUGCGCAACCUGUACUCCGUGACGGCCCUGGGCUGGAAGAAGGACGGCUCCUGCGUGGCGUGCGGCUCCCUGUGCGGCGCCGUCCAGCUGUUCGAAUCCGUGCUGAGACGCUCGGUGUGGCACGGCAAGUUCGAGAUGACGUACGUGGGGCCGAGCCAGGUGCUGGUGAAGCCCACGACGCCCGGAGCGCGCGGCGUGAUCCUCAAGUCGCAGUACGGCUACGAGAUAGAGGACGUGCGCAUCAUGGGCCAGGACCGCUACCUGGUGGCACGCACCCCGGAGACGCUGCUUCUGGGGGACCUGCAGCGCAACCUGCUGAGCGAGGUGCUGUGGGCCGGCUCGGGCAGCCACGAGCGCUUCUACUUCGACAACCCCAGCGUGUGCCUGGUCUUCAACGCAGGCGAGCUGAGCCUCGUCGAGUACGGCGACAACCACAUCCUGGGCUCCGUCAGAACAGAGUUCAUGAACCCACAUCAGAUUAGUGUGAGGCUUAAUGAACGUCGUCUGAAUCCAAACGAAGAAAACAAGAAAUUAGCCUACCUUUUGGAUCUUAAAACAAUUUGCAUAGUGGACUUGUUGGAGGGGGUGACCAUCGCGCAGGUGUCGCACGACUCCAAGAUCGACUGGCUGGAGCUGAACGAGACGGGCCACAAGCUGCUGUUCCGGGACAAGAAGAUGAGGCUCACGCUGCUGGACAUCAGGCGGGCGCACAAGGUGCCCAUCCUCAGCUACUGCACCUUCGUCCAGUGGGUUCCAGGCAGUGAUGUUGUAGUGACACAGUCUCGCAACAAUCUGUGUGUGUGGUACAACAUUGAUGCUCCGGAUCAGGUCACAAUUUUUGCCAUAAAAGGGGAUGUUGUGGAUGUCGUCAGAGCUGAUGGAAAGACUGAGGUGAUUGUCCAGGAAGGACAGCACCAGCUGGGGUACGAGCUGGACGAGAGCCUGCUGGAGUUCGGCACGGCAGUCCACGACAACGACUUCGGCAGGGCCAUACUGUUCCUCGAGAACCUGGGCGGCAAGCCGGAGGCAGACGGCAUGUGGACCAACCUCGCCAACAUCGCCAUAAUGAGCAACAAAUUACGUGUGGCAGAACGAUGCUUCGCUGCUUUGGGAAACGUGGCUAGAACUCACUACCUUCGUGAGACAAUACACAUCGGAGAACAGUUUUCCAAGGAAUAUGGUGUCAGUGAAGAUGAGUGUCCCGAAGUGUGGGCGCGCAUGGCGAUCCUGAACAAGCGGUUCAAAGAGGCAGAGGCUAUAUACCUGGAACAGAACCAGCUCGAUGAAGCCAUAAGCAUGUACCGCAGCUUACACAAGUGGGACGAAGCCCUGGCCCUGGCCGAGAUGAAGGGCCACCCCCGGCUGGGCGCUCUGCGAGAGGAGUACAUGGGCUGGCUGACGGACACCCGCCAAGGGGAGAAGGCGGGCGAGAUCAAGGAGAGGGCCGGAGACAGAGAGGCCGCGCUCACGCUGUACCUGCAGGCGGGGCUCCCGUCCCGUGCCGCCAGGUUGGUGCAGAGUGAUCCAGAGAUGUUGAGGAACGAAGAACUGGUCGGGAAAGUGUCGUCUGCUCUGGAGCGAGCCGACAUGUUGGAGCAGCUGGGUGAGCUGUACGAGAAGGUGAACCGCACGGAGAAGGCAUUCGCCUGCUACAGGAAAGCGAAAGCUUUCUCCAGAGCCAUUGAACUGGCAAGGUUCAUUGCGCCUGAAGAUGUGGUGAGCCUGGAGGAGGAGUGGGGGAACCACCUGAUGGCCAGCAAGCAGAUGGACGCUGCCGUCAGCCACUUCAUCGAGGCCGGCAGGAGCUCCAAGGCCCUGGAGGCAGCGAUGGCGGCGAGGCAGUGGAAGAAGGCCGUGCACAUCAUACAGGCAAUUGAAGAUGUUCAGUCUGUUUCAAAGUACUACGUACAACUUGGUGAGCAUUUUGCUUCUACCCAUGACUACAAGAUGGCAGAAAAAUUAUACUUGAAGGCAGGAAUGUUUGAAGAAGUGAUGGCAAUGUAUAUGCAAGGAGGUGACUGGGAGAAGGCCUAUGAGAUAGCGAGACAGCACCUGGACUUGGCCAAAGUUUCGCCAAUGUUUAUCGAGGAGGCCAAGAAACUGGAAGAGCAAGGCAAACUGCGGGACGCUGAGAAACUGUACUUGUCAGUGGCGGAACCCGACCUGGCCAUCUCCAUGUACAAAAAGCAUCGACAGUAUGACCAGAUGAUCCGGCUGGUGUCGCAGCACCACCCGGGCCUGGUGCAGACGACGCACCUGCACCUCGCCCAGGAGCUGGAGGCCGGCAGCGACUGGCAGCGCGCCGAGCACCACUACCUGGCCGCCGGCGAGUGGAAGAACGCCGUCAACAUGUACCGCGCCGCUGACUUGUGGGAGGAUGCCUACCGUGUGGCCCGCUCAAGUGGCGAGGCGCAGGCAGCUCUGCAAGUGGCGUUCCUGUGGGCCGUGUCGUUAGGUCCGGACUCCGCCAGCAAGCUCCUUGCGAAGCUCCAUCUGCUGGAAGAGGUGGUGGAGUACGCCUGUGAGAUAACCGAGUUUGACUUUGCAUUUGAGCUUGCCCGCCUGUCGCUGAAGCAGAAACUUCCAGACAUCCACUACAAGUACGCAAUGACUCUGGAAGAUCACGGGAAGUUCAAACUUGCCGAGGAGGAGUUCAUGGAGGCAGGGAAACCAAGAGAGGCUGUUCUAAUGUACAUUCAUAAUCAAGACUGGAUAAAUGCCAGGCGAGUGGCAGAGCUGCACGAUGCUGAAUCUCUGCCCGAAGUCCUCGUGGGCCAGGCCAAGGACGCAUUUGACAAGAAGAAUUUCUCUCAGUUUGAAUCUCAUUUGCUGCUGGCAAAGAAACCAGAGAUAAUAGUCUUGCAAUAUCAGGCAGUGGGCAUGUGGGCGGAGGCCGUGCGAGCGUGCCAGGAGUACCUCCCGGCCCAGCUCCCGGCCGUGCAGGCACGCUACGAGCAGGCCGUGGGCUCGUCUACGGCCCAGGACUCGGCUGGCUACUUGGCCCAGGCCCGCCAGUGGGAGCGCAGUGGCGACUACCGUGAAGCCAUCGACUGUUACCUCAAGGUGAAUCCUGCCAACACGAAAGACCCGAAUGCUGUUGUUCAGGCGUGGAGAGAAGCAGCCAAUCUUGUUGGCCAGCACUUGCAAGGCCCGGUGGCCAUUCAGGUGGCCAAGGUGUUAGGACCUCAACUCAUCGCUGUAAAGGAGUACAUACUUGCUGCUAAAGUGUUUAUGACUGCUGAUCUUGUCAAAGAGGCGAUUGACGCGUUCAUAAUUGCCGAAGAGUGGAGCAAGGCCAAGAGAGUUGCAAGAGAACUAGAACCUGAGUACGAGGAGUAUGUGGAUAAGCACUACAAGGAGUCUCUUCGCCGUCAGGGACGGGCGGACCAGCUCGCAGACGUCGACAUAAUAGGGGCUCUGGACCUGCUUGCCGAGCAGCGGCAGUGGGGACGAUGCCUGGAGACGGCCACGCGUCACGGGCCCCAGGUGCUCAACAAGUACGUUGCCCUGCAGGCGUCGCAUCUCAUCAAGGAUGGCUACGUGCUAGAAGCACUGGACCUCUACACCAAGUACGAUGUACCACUGGCCCCUCAGAACUUCAACAUCUACAAGCGUAUAGCGGUGGAUGUGUUUGGAUUAAAAGACCUGUCAGGUCCAGAGUCAUACCAGACCUGGGCCAAGCUGAGGACUAUGUUGUUUAGAAUUACAGAAGGCAUGCAGACGGUGUCGGACUUGGCCCGGCCGCUGCAGCAAGAGUUCGAGGAGCUCCUGCUGAUCUGCCACUACUUCGCGAGCCGGUGUGCCUUCCGGAGCGCCAAGGCCCUGGACCAGCUCACGACCAAGCUGUCGGUGGCCAUGCUCAGGCACACGGAUGUCAUCCCCGCAGACAAGGCUUUCUACGAGGCCGGCACGGACUGCAAGGCUGUGGAGCGCGAGAGCGAGGCGUUUGUGUUCCUGAACCACUAUCUGGACCUGAGCGAGGCGAUGGAGGAAGGCAACCUGGAGCUGGUGGACCACACGGACCUGGGCUGCACCGACUUCCCCGCGGAGAUCCCCCUGCCGGCCGCGCCCUUCCUCUCGCCCCAGCAGCACGAGGAGGUGAAGGAGUGGGUGCUGGCCGUCUCCAUGGACCAGCGCGUCGACCAGGUUCUGCCGCUGGACGAUCGCGGGGUGUACGCGGCCAAGCUGGGCGACGCCCCGGCCUGCGUGGUCUCCGGGUUCCCGGUGCUGGCCCGCAGGGGUCGCAACCCCGUGGAGCUGGGGCGCCCGGGCAGGCUGGCCAACCGCGACGACUGGAACAAGCUGCUGAUGGCUGCCAAGAUGGCGCCCGACAGCGUCGUCACGGACGUGCUGGCCUUCAUCGAGGAGUGGUGCGGCGGCGCACCGGGAAUGUUACUGCACUGAGUAUUCAAAUCUGACUCGUGGCUCCAAAUGCCAGUCAGAACAUUUACAAGAUUAAGUUUGGAUAGAUGUUUCAAUGUAGGCUAUUAGAGGUUAUAACCAAAGGUAGAAGAGAGUGCAUAUAUUUUGAGUUGAGUCCAGCAGAAUUCGGUAAUAACAGAUUUGAGUCUUGUGGAAAAUGUUAUAUGGCCACAAUAAAUAACCGUAAUGGAUUUGUAACUUAGGCUUGAAUUGUGAACAUGAUCUCAUUUCAUGUGAUAUAUUUCCAAAGAAUUUUAAUUAUAAAAAUAUUGUUAGGAUUUUUAAUUAUAUGCCUAUUUGAAAAAGUUUCCUGUCUAAAGUGAUUUGAAUAACUUUAUACCAAUGUAUCAGCUUAAUAUUAUACUCAACACAUUUGAAAGUGAAUUAAUAUAUAUCAGCAAAUACUAAAUCUAUUAAAUGAGACCUGAACAUUUCUUAUGUGUACGAAUAAGAUUUUCUGUAUUUAGAAAGAAGAGCACAUUGCAAUAUAUGUUCAGAUUUUUUUUUUCCAGAUUUUAUUUUGUUGUUAUUGUUCGUUUUAUACAGGUCAUGAUGUAUGUAGUUACAAAUAAAUAUAAAGGGAACAGAUUUCUCAUGACUUGAUGCUCAUUCUUUAAAGUAUUUUAUAUUUAUGCACUAAUAAUAAUUAGAAACUACCAAAAUGUUUAAAAAAGACUAAAUAGUUAAAAGGCCCCAAGUAUUAUCACAUAAUGUCAGGAAUAAAGCCAAUUGUAUAACAUCUUUGCACAGAUUAUUUAAAUAUUACAUAGAUUCAAGAUCUUUACAGAUAUAGCUGAGAGAGAGAAAAAAAGAGCACGUGUAACUCAGUACACGUGAUAGAAGUUAAACUUCUUUGGCAAUUCUAACCUUGACUUAAGUAUGUACAGUAUAUAGAAAGGGGUAAAACAGCAGCGAGAGAAAGACCAUUCUUCUAAAUAAACAUGAAUGAACAAAAUUAAAAUAACUGCUCAGGGUAUCAAUAAUUAUUGUUCAAUAUUGAUUAAUUAAGAAUAAAUAUUACUCACUGUUGAAAUACUGAAACCAUAAGGAAAUUUUUUUAGUAAAUAUCCAGGCUAGAAUUGAUCAUAAUAAAUUAGUUUUAUUUUAUAUUAUGUCCAGGUUAGAUUUUAUCGAGCAAUAUAAUAGACCGAUUUCGUGGUUCUACAAAUAUCACCUGAUCAUUGAGUUAUUGUGCAACAGAUUUUGCCAAUAGGCUACAUAGACAUACUGCAAUGUGUUCAUAGGCAUUGAUAAUGUUCUGCCGUCAAAUUAAUGAACAAAGAGUAACAUGUCCACCAUGAAAACUAGACGACACAGACCUUCCUCACAGUACCCUCUUUUAUCGCAUAAUCGUCGCACUUGCGUAAUCGUCGCUCCCAUAUUUUAGGGCGUCAAAAUUUAGAUAUAAAAAAAAAACCUAUCGCAUAAACCUCGCAUGAUGUUUUUGGUCCCGCUAUUAGAUUCCGAGCGCUUUGUGUGGGUAUUUUUUCUGUUUAAAACAAUGUAUUUAAAAAUAUAAAUAUAAUAUUAAUUCGACAAUUACAUGUUACUUAUUUAAUUAACAGAAAUCCGAAGUGGUCUGAUGUAAAUUUUCUUUUAAAGAC